GCACCACCUAAGAUCGACGCUGGCCUUCGCCCAAUCUGGCUUGCCUCAACCCCCUCCGCUCAGCGUCUCACCUCUCGAGGCGAGCAAGGAUAAAUACCCUCCCAAGCGUGAGAUACGUCUCCAUUCUGUCUUCCCAGCCCACCGCCGCCCUCGCCCCGGCCUCCGCCACCGCCCGCGCCCGCUCGCGUCUCGCCGGCCAGGUCUCCCUGCUUACUUCAUCUUCCUCCUCCUCGUCCCGAGCCUUUUCGACAAGCUCGUCAGCCAGUAUGCCUCCCGUGCCAAAACCGUCGUCGGAGCGAUACGAUGUCAUCGUCAUUGGUGGCGGCUCCGGAGCCAUGGGCAUGAGCCGGCGUGCGGCCCAAUAUGGCAAGAAGGUCUGCGUCAUUGAGGAAGACGGCCGGCUGGGUGGAACGUGCGUCAACGUCGGCUGCGUCCCCAAGAAGCUCAUGUGGCAUGCCGCCGACAUGGCCGAAGCCCUGCGUGCCGGACCCGAAUACGGGCUGGGGACAAAGGACGGCAAGCCGCUCAACGCCGAACCGGGCUUCCAGUGGAACUACUUUGCCGAGAAGCGCGACGCUUACGUCCGCCGCCUCAACGGCAUCUACGAUCGCAACCUGCAGAACGACAAGGUCGAGUACAUCUCUGGCCACGCCAAGCUGACCGGCAAGGACGAGGUCGAGAUCACGCUGCGUGCCGAGGACGGGAGCUUGACCGGUGGUACGCACAAGAUCCAAGGCGACCACAUCUGCAUCGCGACUGGCGGACGACCCGUCAUUCCUUCGGACAAGGAUGUGCCUGGCGCCUCGCUGGGCAUCACCUCCGAUGGCUUUUUUGACCUGCGCGAGCAGCCCAAGCGUGUGGCCGUCGUUGGGGCCGGCUACAUUGCCGUCGAGCUCGCCGGCGUCUUCAACACGCUGGGCACAGAGACGCACCUCCUCAUCCGCCAAGAUCAGUUCCUGCGAAACUUUGACCCAAUCAUUCACGAAACGCUGCAGGAGUACAUGGGCAACACGGGGCUCAAUGUCCACAAGAAGACCAACGUCAAGAAGGUCACCGGCAGCAAGGGCGGGCCCCUCACCCUGGAGCUCGACACGGGCAAGACCCUCGAGGUCGACUGCCUGCUCUGGGCCGUCGGACGCCGUCCCAACACCGACAACCUUGGACUCGAAGCGGCGGGCGUCAAGACAGACGACAAGGGCAAUAUUGUCGUUGACAAGUUCCAGCAGACCAACGUGCAAAACAUCACCUCGCUCGGAGACGUGGCCGGCAAAGCCCUCUUGACGCCCGUCGCCAUCGCUGCGGGGCGCCGCCUGUCGAACCGCCUGUACGGGCCUGAGGAUGUGCGUGGAAAGGACUUUCUCGACUACGAAAACAUCCCUACCGUCGUCUUCUCCCACCCUACCUCGGGCACCGUCGGCCUCACGGAGCCAGAGGCAAAGGAGAAGUUCGGAGAGGACCAAGUCAAGAUCUACAAGUCACGCUUUACUGCAAUGUACUUUGGCAUGCUCGAGCACAAGCAGCCGUCGGCCUACAAGCUCGUCUGUGUCGGCAAGGAGGAGAAGGUCGUUGGUAUUCACAUCAUCGGCCUGGGCAGCGACGAAAUCAUGCAAGGCUUUGGCGUUGCUGUCAAGAUGGGAGCCACCAAAAAGGACCUUGACUCCACUGUCGCCAUCCACCCGACCUCUGCUGAGGAGCUCGUCACCAUGCGCUAGAUUCCUGCGUCAGUGAAGGUCACGCUCAACAUAUCGCUGAGCUUCAGGAACAACGAAUGGUGUGGAUGGUUGCUCUUCCUUUGGUAAAGAAAGGACGGCAUGUUGAUAUUUCGUAAUAAAAGUACAAGUUAUGUAGAGAAACUUCGAUUGGGUGAUUA